AAGAGCUGAGACUGCGUUCAGGGUCGAAACAGCCAAUGUGAAGAUCCUCGAAACAUGCAAACAUCAUCUGAGGGUGUUUCACAGGAAUGGAGAAACUGAAAGUGUUUGAAGAGUCACUCGAGGUCACUGCGGCUGGCUGUAAGAAAUGCGGGUGAAGUGAGCACUCUCAGGGCAAGUGAGUGCAUUUGCUUUCCGUGAUGGACACUUUUGAAGGAAUCCAUCAUGUGCAGCUCUCCUCCUCUCCUCCGGCACGCUCCAGGUCUGCUCCAGGGUACGAGCUGCUGGUGGCAGGGAAUUCUGGGAUAGCAGUAUACUCAUCAGCUACGUUCUUCGGCAAUGGCGAUCUUACAGACCAGCAUACGGCAGAGGAAGAGAGAUGCCCGGUCGGGAGAUUGGUCGACCUGGAUCCAGAGCCGAGCCCCAGAUUGGGGGGUGAUGGGGGGCAGGGGAAGAAGAUGCCCCCGGAGGAGGCAGGAGCUCAUAGACGAGAGACGUACGACAUGUCCCGUCUGCGGAGUUCCUCUCUGGAGAUCAAGGAGAAGGGAACAGAAUUCCUCAGAGAGCAGCUGGAUGCUGCGCAAAAGGAGCUGAAGCUGAAAGACGAGGAGUGUGUCAGACUGUCUCAUGUCAGGAAUCAGCUCGAGCAGGAACUGGAGGAACUGACUGCCAGUCUGUUUGAGGAGGCCCAUAAGAUGGUGCGAGAGGCCAACGUGAAGCAAGCGGCCGCUGAGAAGCAGCUGAAGGAGGCGCAGGGCAAGAUUGACGUCUUGCAGGCGGAGGUCUCUGCUCUGAAGACCCUGGUGUUGACCUCUACGCCCUCGUCCCCGAACCCCCAGCUCCAUCCUCAGCUGCUGUCUCCGGGCUCCAGCCGGACCCGAGGCCACACGCGCAACAAGAGCGCCAGCGGUGCUCUACAGCUGCACACGGAGCCGGCGACCACUGAUGUCGCGGCAAACCGGGAGGACAGAGAGCUGGACUCGGUGUUGUUUGCCGAGUUCCUCUCGUGGAAGGAAGCGCCCGGUCUGGAACGCUCCUCGGCGUUCAUCAGCAGGGUGUACAGGGAAGACAUCGGACCCUGCCUGUCAUUCACAUGUGUUGAGUUGUCUCAGUCUGUCCAGCGCGCGGUGGAGAACAACUCUCUCACCAUCGAGCCGGUUGCGAUGUCGUCGCUGCCCACGGUCAAAGCCAUCGAAUGCGGAGGACCCAACGGUUGCCGGACACCCAUAGAAACUAAGUGUGCGUUGAGCGGUAUGUCCCGCCCCUGCCGGCAUCGCAUCAAACUGGGAGAUAAAGAGAAUUACUACUAUAUAUCUCCGUCUAGCAGAGCACGGAUCACAGCGGUGUGUAACUUCUUCACUUACAUCAGGUACAUCCAGCAGGGCCUCGUCAGACAAGAUGUUCAGCAGAUGUUUUGGGAAGUGAUGCGUCUGCGGAGAGAGAUGAGUGUGGCCAAACUGGGAUAUUUCCUGACGGAAGAGAGCUAGAGAACCAGAAAACACAAACAAAGCAACAGCACGGUCAUCUCAACAUUCACCCAAACACUCCCAUGAUGCCGUUUUUUAGCUACAUAUUCAUGCAUGUAUUCAGUGAAGCACUACAGAAGAAUUCCCAGAAUACCUCCAUCCUCUGAGCCAAUGGAAUAACAGCAUUACAGUUCUGCUGUCGACAGGUUUUGUGUUAUUUUCGCUUUCGGAAGGACUGAACGCAGUAAAUGUGCCACUUAAAUCUGUAAGACAUUUAUAUUUGCAAAGAAAUUCAGAGUCAUCCAUUAAACACACAAUGACAAAUAGUCAAACCUUAGAUGUUUUAAUUUUUAGAAACAGUGACAGACAAAAAUUGGUCAAAUCUCAACCAGUUUGACAGAAUUCUAGAAAGAUAGUAAAAUAACUGGCUUGUAUUUGCAGAAAUCUUAUGCUGUGUUCAUUUUGUCUGAAUUGCCGUAUGUUACAAAAUGACAGGGUGAUUAUGUAUGUUCUUCCAAAAUGUUAAUGUUUAAUACUAGAUGGAAUCUCAUUAUUACGAUAAUUCCGCCAAUAGAAUCAGUUCUGGAAUUCUAAAGCUGUUCUAGAACUUCAUAUGAAGGUACCACAUUUUUGAACACUCUUGAAUGUGCAAUGCACAUAUAACACUACAGCGCUUUCUGUCCCAGCAUGCUUUGUGCAUCAGUGAUUUCUGUGCACAGUAACGGUUUACAAUCCUCCAGAGAUCUUUUCUAUGCAACCUCCUUAAAGUGCCAUGAAGUGUGAGUGUUACUGACACUCCUGCACACGUUAUGGAAGCUAAACCAUCUUAGACACAAGUUAUGGUACUUGUACCAUGAUGCAUCACACUCCAUAUUAUUCCCGUUGCUUGAUUGACAAUCGCUGUCUUACUGCACAAAUACAGUGUUUACAGUGACUCUAUGGACCGUAGCCACCAUAUUUAAUUUGAUGCGAGUGAAAACAUGCUUCAGUCUUUUUUUUUUUCAACUGGAAAUGUUUUGCAAAUAUAUUUGCAAUGUUUUGUCAGCCUUGUUUUCAUUCGUGACACAUAAAUAUGGCGUCUCCCCUCAGGUCCGUUGCUUCAGUGCCAUUGCAUGUAAGUUAAACUGCCUCGUCAUGCUAAAUAUGACCUUGUGUGUUUUCAGUCUAUUAAAAGCAUCUUCAGAAUAUGAA